CCAGAGAGCAAGUUUAAACGGAAGUAUUGUAUAAUUGAUUGAAUAUUCGAAUUGCUUUUAAAGUGACAAAAUGCCCAAUGGCGAAGUCCGGACACCGAGGGCCAGUCCCUAUUGGCGUAAUGCAAGUCCAGCGAGAAGGACAACCACGAGUAGGGCGGACUUAUCACCGGAGCAAGGUAACAACCAAAUCGGGCAGCAGCUACUACGAACCCUGGUACAAAGUCUUCCCGCUGGUCCGGACUCCAUGCGAUCCCGCUCCUCCUGUCCACCCGUACAUCAUCGUCGCAGGCAGGCUAGUGGCUGCCGAUCCCUGGGUAUUCCGGAAUCAUUUGGUUCGCCGAUCAAGACCAAGGCACCAAAUAGAUUGCAGGCGGGAAUGCCGGUUAAACAAGUCUUGGGAAGAGAUCAAUCUGGCUCACAGACCAGUGAGCUUGGAAGGACUACACAGCAGAGUAUGGUGGCAUCGGUUUUGCGUCUAUCCGAGUCCCCAACAGCAAAGGCCAAGGCACGAGAUGAGGAGUUCGAAAAGACACCGGAGAUGGUGACCGGAGCGGCCAUCGCCAAAGCCAGAGAAGAGGAGUUCGACAGGAUACCCUCCAAGAUAUCCAGGAUAAGCCAAAAAGAUGAAACACUGAAGAAUUCUAAGUCGGAAACCGUGGAAAGUUCGAAGGGGAAUCUAAAGAAGAAUUCUAAGGACAACUCAAAGGAGAACUCAAAGGAAAAUUCAAAGGAGAUUUCUAAGGAGAAUAGUAAGGAGAAUAGUAAGGAUUCUUUAAGCAAGAGUGGUGUAGAAAUUGAAAAGCCGAGUAGCACUGAAGAACCAGAGGAAGCAAAGUCCACCGAGCAAAAUGAGGUAACCAACCAGCCAGAACCAGAAUCAGAAAAACCGAAACCUACGGAGGUUAUCAGCGCUAAGAAAUAUCCUUGCUUUCGAGGAGAAUAUCCCACGCGACAUCGACCUGGUUCGUAUCAGUGGUUCCAGGCCGCAGUUCCCAAUUGCGGAAACAUCAUAACCAUCUGCGAUGAGGAGCAGCAAGUUAUGGGCGAGGCGGAAAUUGUCACCGCCUGCGAGGUGACCGAGGCUCACUUCCUGAGCAUCGAUUGUCCAGAUGAUAAUAUGAACAAUGCGGUUGCGAAGUGUAAUAAGUCCACAUGGGCCUCCCAGUUUCCUCCAGUUUCAUAUGGCUACCCUCAGCAGCAACAGAAUGGAAAUGGUUUUGGAUCACCAUUUAGGCAGCAACGCUCGUUUUGCUUUCAGCAGCAACCAUGCUCGCAGCAGCAACCAUGUUUUCAGCAACAACAAUGCUCGCAGCAAAAGCUUUGCUUUCAACAGCAGCCUUAUUCACAGCAGCAACCUUGUUCACAGGAGCAACCUUGCUUUCAGCAGCAGCCUUGCUACCAGCAACAACCUUGCCUUCAACAACAACCCUGCUUGCAGCAACAACAAAGAAAUUAUGGGCGAAGUCCAUCCUUUCCCAAUCCGCAAGUGAAGCCAAGAACAUCUGUCAAGCGUCAGGAAAAGAAUCGGCCUAGCAACUUGGCUGCUUACAAUCCACAAAGGUCAGUGCGGAAACAGUCCAUGCAACAACAGUCCGUGCAACAACAGUCCAUGCAACAACAGUCCAUACGACCACAGUCCAUACAACCACAGUCCAUGCAACAACCAAUUCUUCCCCAAGAGCAACAGCAACAACAACCAGUGCAACAGCAACCCAUUGAGGAGGACAACUAUUGCCUGACCGAAAUGCUGGCCGAGGAGCUUAAAAAACAGAUGCUGGAGGCACAGGCCCAGAUUGCCCAGGUGCAACUCCAGCUGAACAGUGCUUGUGGAGCCACCAGAGUGCGACAGAUGCAUGUGCUCACCCAGAAUGCCGCCGACGAUCCUGGUUGGGCGCCAGAAACUCAGUUCUUAGGUCCACCAGAGGAUGGACUGGAUGAGGAUGAUGCUUUUCCAGAGGAAAUUAAUGAAACCGGUGAAACGGAUGCACAAAGUAUCCAACGUUUUUCCACGCAGCCAGAGCCACUAUAUCCUCCCAGCUUUUCCUAUCCAACCAGCAAGUCGUGGCCCAUGCCCUCGGUGGCUCAGACAUCCCAGGAAGACAUUCCACUAGGCUUAUAUCCUGUGCCCGUACCAAUGCCAAAUCAAAAUACCUACAUUCAGACAGAAGCUCAGCAAUUUCCUUGUCAACAGCAACAGCCGCCGUCUUUCAUGCCCCAACAAAUGAGUCCUUGUCAGCAGAGUCAACAUAUGGGUCUUUGUCAACAGAAUCAACAAAUGGCUCCUUGUCAGCAGAAUCAAGAAAUGGCUCCUUGUCAGCAGAGUGCACAAAUGGGUCCUUGUCAGCAGAAUCUACUAAUAUCUCCUUGUCAGCAGCAAUAUCAAGUAUCUCCUUGUCAGCAGCAAUAUCAAGUAUCUCCUUGCCAGCCGAGUCAACAAAUGGCUCCUUGUCAGCAGCAAUGUAGAGCACCUUCGUUCCCGCCACAAAAUCCACCUCCUUGUCAGCAGAAACCACAACGAUUAUCCUUCCAGCAACAACAGCAGCAAUCUGGCCAAUCAUCCCAGCUGAAUAAGUGUCCUUUUGCCCCACAAUGUUGUCCCAGUUGUUGUUGCCAGCGUUAUGCCCAAAUGCGAUUCAUGAUGCCGCGAUGUUGGCCUCGCUGAAAAUUUGAACCCUCCAAAAUUCGUAGCGUAACUUACCUUAAACCGUCAAAAUUAAUGUCCCUUUAAGGUAAGAUAUCCUACGAUCGGAGGUCUCAAAAAGUAUUUAAUUGUGCAAUUCUUCCGUUUAAAAUUGAGGCCAAUUGAAGAGUCCAAGACGAAUAAAGUUUCAAUUUUAAUGCUUA